AGGAGUUUUUGUAUGGAGGUCAAUGAGUGUCGAAUUUGGUAAACAAAAAAUGUAAUGGUUUAUUUGUUUCGUGUGGCUUUUUUGAGCAAAUCAAAUUUCAUAAUACUUAGGUUGUUACGAGUGUACGGAUUUAAGUAGAAAUUUUGAGAGAAAACACUUCAUGUCGAAGUUGUGCCUGUUAUCACACUCGUAUCUGCCCUCUCAUUGGCUAGAAGGGUCCCACCUGAUCUUGCCUCCUCGACUUCCUUCCAUUUUUGAAGACAUUUAUUUUCAAUGUUAGAGUGGCCAAUGGAGUGUCUGGACAGUAUAAUGGCUUAUCUGUGAUAUAAGACGAUAUUUCAUUUAGUUUAUUGACUGAACUAAACAAAGUAUGGACAGCGUUUGUGUACUUUACGGUUUCACGUUUUUAUUUUCCUUCAAGGGGUGUUUUGUAUGAUUGACAGACCUCCUGAGAAUAUUUAAUCGUAGUGGUUUAUAGGAGGGUCCAAUUUAUUUUCCACUAACGACUCCCGGAAGAUAAACCUAAACAUUAGAAAAUGCUGUAGCCACUUCGUAACCAAUGAAAACACAGUAUUAUUCAUGAUAUGGAUUUUAGAUACAUUUUUUUGGGUGCCAAAUCCUCUGAUCCAGGCUCAUCUCACGCUUGACCAGAACCUGCCCGUGUCACAGUUAACGUUCCCCCUCCAGGCCACACCUCACUUAAAUGAGAAUGUCUCUGGCCCAGAGAGUCCUCCUGUCAUGGACCUUCACCCUCAUAUUCCUCAUCAUGCUGGUCCUCAAACUGGACUCCAAGAUCCACUGGAACUGGUUCCUCAUCUUCCUCCCUGUAUGGACAUUUGACACCAUUCUCAUCCUCAUGCUGGUGGUGAAGAUGGCGGAUCGGUGCAAGCCCGGCUAUGACCCACGGGACGACCAGCAGAACCUGCGGCAGAGGGUGUCGUACCUGGUGGCAAUGCUGCUGAAACUGGGCUUCUGUCUGACGCUGUGCGCCCGGUUGGAGAGGCUGACGGACAUCUGGCUCAGUGUGGUGUGUGUCCCCCUCUGGGCCAUGCUGGUCGGGGCCAUGGUGGAGCUUGGCUACAAUGUCUUUCACUACCGGAGAGACUGAGAGGAUGGAGAGGGAGAAAGAUGGAGAUUGAUUUUAUUUACUCAGUCUAAAGACUGCAAGUGAGUCUGUAAGGGAGGUGAAUGGGAGAUUAUUGUAAUCCACUGCAGGAGAAACUGAACUGAAAAGGACUGUGAUGAAGAUAACAAAUGGAUUGGUUUAUUUUACUACAGCAGAGACUGAAAGGGGGAGGAGAGAGUAGUGAAAUGGCACUAAUGACAAUGUAUUUGAGUUUAUGAUGCUCCCAAAUUUAAUCUUUAUUUUGCCAUAGUGAUGUAUCAAGCAAUGUUGCAGCCAUGGUGGUCUCUGCCAGGGGAACUGAAGUCAAGACUGGGACUAUUCCACGGUAACUGAGUGAUGCUGAGACUUACAUUUUAAAGUCGAAGAUCUAUGUCAAACAGAAAACAAUGAUUGCAAAGUUAACAAACCAUACAACUCCAUGCACAAGGACUACUUUUAAUAUUUUGCACAGAAAAUGUUACUGUAGAUUAUAGGCAGAAUCUACCGCAAUCCCACAGCUGAUUUGUUAUUGCUCAGCUAUAAUUAAAAACAUUUGCAUCUGA